GUCAACUUUAACUGCCGGAAGCUAGUUGCCACCAUGCCUCUUUUUGCAAAUGCUGAUCCAAAUUUUGUAACUGCCAUGCUCAGCAAACUGCGAUUUGAGGUGUUCCAGCCUGGAGAUUACAUUAUCCGAGAAGGAGCUGUGGGGAAAAAGAUGUACUUCAUUCAGCAUGGUGUUGCUGGAGUUAUCACUAAAUCCAGUAAAGAAAUGAAGUUAACAGAUGGCUCCUAUUUUGGAGAGAUCUGCCUUUUGACCAAAGGCCGACGCACUGCCAGCGUAAGGGCUGACACAUACUGCCGGCUGUAUUCUCUGUCUGUGGACAACUUCAAUGAGGUUCUGGAGGAGUACCCCAUGAUGAGAAGAGCAUUUGAAACUGUGGCCAUUGACAGGCUUGAUAGGAUAGGAAAGAAGAAUUCUCUCCUGCUCCAGAAAUUCCAAAAAGAUCUCAACACUGGGGUUUUCAAUAAUCAGGAGAGUGAAAUUUUGAAACAGAUUGUGAAACACGACCGUGAGAUGGUGCAGACUGUUGGACCAAUAACUUUGCAGCAAAUGCCAGCUCUGAAUUCAAGCCCUGCAACGGCAGCCUCAGUGAUGCAUGUCAGGACACAGUCUCCACCUGUGUAUUCCAUGACAAGCCUCUCUCAUGGGAGCCUGAAUUCUCCAACACCGAGCACCCAGACUCCUCAGCAAGCUGCCAUUUUCUCGCCUUGCUCUUACUCUUCUGCAGUCUGUAGCCCCCCAGUACAAAGCCCUCUAGCGGCUGGACGAACCUUUCAGUAUGCAACCCCUACUGCUUCACAGUUGUCACUGCUGCAGCAGCAACAGUCGCAGCAGCAGCUUCAGCAGCAGCAACAGUCACAACAACCACUGCAGCAGAUGCCUAGUGCAUCACAGAAAAGUGACGUCCACAAGAGUACGCAAGCUCUUCACAAUGCUAGUCUGACAAGGGAGGUGAGGCCUCUCUCUGCCUCACAGCCUUCUUUGCCCCAUGAGGUUUCCACGAUGAUUGCGAGACCUCAUCCAACAGUGGGAGAAUCUUUAGCCUCUAUUCCUCAGCCAGUAUCCAGUUUCCAAAGCACAGGCCUCCAGGCUGCGAGCAAAGGCACAGUCCCCCAAAGAGUUGCCCUCUUCCGCCAGAUGUCUUCAGGAGCAAUUCCACCUCCGCGAGGAACCACACCAUCAGCGGCCACACUGCAAAGGGAUUCUUCCACAGUCUUAAAUACUGAACUAGAGGGGGAUAAACCACGGUUUGCAUCAAACUUAUGAUUCAUGCAGACCAUGUAAUAAAAUCAGAGGUAUUGACAUAAACUGAGCUUGCUCCUGGAAAACUGUUUUAACUAAUUACUGAUUAGACCAGAGCUGUCUACUAUGAAAAGAAAAACUUUAGACAAACUUAUCCCUUGAAAUUGAAUGUACAAUAUACAGAAAGACAGUCAGAAGAAGAAGGGGGAAAAAAGAAAUCAAAAUGGCCUCUCAUGUCUUCCUUGUUCAUAAAUCGUUAAACGAGUCUAUAAACAUUGGUUGUAAUGUUAUUUAUUUUUCAACCUGAUUCAAAAUUUGAAGAGAUUUCUUGUUCCAGUUCUAUGGCAAAAUAAUGACCGUAUUAUAAAUUCCAGGAGCCACAAAACAAUAAUAAAAUAUUGACAACAAGAUUCAUAGAAUAUAUGUAAUCUUGUAUUUGGCACCUGUUGAACAAUUAGAUUUAAAUUUUCUUAAUUAAAAAUAAUUGAGACACUUCCCAUUUUAAAGCUCCUGACUCCCUUUUCUUUUUCCUUUUUUGUGCUUUUAUAUUCAGAUUUAGCUUGAAGGAUCAAUGACAUUUGCACUGUCAACAGAAGGUGGUCUAGCUAUUCUGCUUGUUGUUGGUGAAAUCUAGCCACAGAAUUGCUCUUCUGUUUCAGAAAGCUGGGUGGACUUUUAUCUUCACCUGUGGGAGGGAGAAUUAGUGAAGACUCAUUAAUACUGCUGUAAAUAAUUUUUUAGACCCAAAUAAUAAUAACAAAAAUUGUUCAUGUGUGGUGUACCAUUGCAAAGUAUUUGUUUAGAAAUUUAGUUUCAGCUAUUCAUGCCAAAAUGUAACAUUUAAAAUUUUUACAAACUAUAACAUGCAACACAACUAUAAUGCAAUGGCUUGAGACCUACAAUGCUACUUUUACAUGCAGUGUUUUUAUGCAAAUUUGUAUGCUUGAUCCUGCUGUGUGUAUUUCACCAGUACCACUGAUUUUUUCUUCUUUGCCCUGGACAAUAUCUCAAAAUGUUCCAUGCAUGCUUGGGUAUUUUAGUUUUAAUUUUUUUAAAAAAAUAUAUUUGCAUAAAACAGAUCAAAAGAUGAACAAGAGCACCCCACAAUCCAGUAAAACUAAUAGAGUUCAUCAGCAUUUUUAUAAGUAAUCCCAAAUAUAUCUACUUAAGUUUGAAAUUGUUAAAUGUGAAUUGAUGUUUUCUGCAUUUCAUUUCCUAUAAUGCUGGCACUGAAUCUGAAGUUGAAGACUAGACAUGAUCUCAUUUUAAUUGACUGAACUGAUUGUUUUGUUGAUCAUUGCUUUCUUUAAGCUUUCAGGUGUGUACUCUGUCCUCUCUGUAGUUUUCUAGUUGACUGUGGUGAUAUUUUUAAAAGAAAUAAGUAUACUAUAGCAUCCUGUUUGUUUGGCAAUGCACAACUUGCUCAGUGUAUACUAUAAUAAUUUGGACAACUUAUUCUACUACAGCAUGUAGUGUCAAACCUAGAAAUGAUGUUAUUUCUUCUUCUUCUAAUGUCUGCAUGAAGGAGAGGGAGAUCACAAGAGAAGACAGGGUUAAAGUAUACAGACUGGUAAAGAAAUUAUUUCAUUUGCUCCAGUUUUCACCUUAAAGUAUGACUUUCGAUACUUCCCGAUGAAGAAUUUUCCAAGUCAAGUGUGCCGAUUUAGGCCCCAUUUACACAUUGGCUACUAUGGUGCCAGUCAUAGAAUCAUAGAAUCGUAGAGUUGGAUGAGACCAAAAGGGCC